AUGCCGCGGUCCGCCUCGUGGCACGCGAGGUUAAGGCCUGUGGCGGCGUGCGGCGUGGAGCAGAUGGAGGCGCGGUGCACUCGGCUGCUCCCGGGUUCACGCUCGUGCCGAGGCGACCUUUUCAAGAACCCGGACAUGUGGAACGCCGAGGCCCCAGGAGCCUGCCAGUCUGUCAGUGAGAGGGGGGGGGGGGGGACCACACCUUUGGACUCCGAGGGAAGAGCCAGAUAUGAAUCCUAA